CUAACACAUUGCCUUGGAGAGAACAGAUUGGCUUUCAUGAAAGCAGACAGACAGAGGCAGGUGUUGGCUACUUGGCCUGGGUAGAGUCUGGGCAUUGCCCACACUACUUGGCUCCCGUCAACAUCCACUGGCAACCUAACCCCACGUGCCUUUUGGUGAAGAAUUAAGGGGAGUGUCUGGGAGCCAUGAUGUCACUCUGCCAGUGGAAUGUCCAGGGCACAGUGCUGCUAACUCUGUUGCUGGGCUGGCCACUGGCCACAGGUCAGGAGUAUGACUACUAUGGCUGGCAGUCAGACAACUUUCAACAUGGACGCUUCUACACCAAGCAGCCACAAUGCGUGGACAUCCCAGCUGACCUGCAGCUCUGCCACAAUGUGGGCUACAAGCGCAUGCGCCUACCUAACCUGCUGGAUCACGAAUCUAUGCCUGAGGUCAAGCAGCAAGCCAGCAGCUGGGUGCCUUUGCUAGCCAAGCGGUGCCAUUCAGACACGCAAGUAUUCCUGUGUUCUCUCUUCGCACCUGUCUGCCUGGAUCGGCCCAUCUAUCCAUGUCGCUCUCUCUGUGAGGUAGUGCGUGACUCAUGUGCACCUGUCAUGGAAUCCUAUGGCUUCCCGUGGCCUGACAUGCUCAGCUGCAGCAAAUUCCCCUUUGACAACGACCUGUGCAUUACUGUGCAGUUUGGAAACAGUCAGGUGACUCAGCCACCAGUGUCCAAGGUCUGCACUCAAUGUGAGAUGGAGCACAAAGCAGACGGCAUAAUGGAGCAGAUGUGUUCAAGUGAUUUUGUGGUAAAGAUGCGCAUCAAAGAGAUCAAGAAAGAGAACGGGGAGAGGCGCUUGGUAGCUGCUCAGAAGAAGAAAAAGCUACUUAAAGUGGGGCCGCUGAAGCGCAAGGACACUAAGAAGCUGGUGCUGUAUAUGAAGAAUGCAGGAGCUUGCCCCUGCCCUCAGCUUGAUGACCUCAGUGGCAGCUUCCUCGUGAUGGGUCGGAAGGUGGGUGGGAGACUAUUGGUCUUGGCCAUUUAUCGCUGGGAGAAGAAGAACAAAGAGAUGAAGUUUGCUGUCAAAUUCAUGUUCUCCUACCCUUGUUCCAUGCAUUACCCCUUCUUCUAUGGGGCUGAACCCCACUGAAUCUUCACUCAUUCUGAGAAUCCUGCUUACUCUUGCUCACAACACUGCAUACCCUUUCAGUUUCACACUCCUACUCCAUGCAGUAUUCUUCUUCUAUGAGCAGACCCCCCACAUCAAACUUAUCCUAUGUGCCCAUUCCUUUAAGGAUUGUUCCUUCUCUAGAACAAACUUCAUGUAGUCCUAAAUCUACAUGAGAGCUCUGUCCAUCUUGAUGCUUCUUAUCACUCAAGACCUUGCAGAAUUUUCCUUCAUCCUCAACACUAGGGAAUUAAGAGCAGGUGUAACAGCCCUUCAGUCCUAAUAUAUCUCCUAACAGUGGCUGAAUUGCCCAGGAUUUUAGCAGAAGCAUAAUGGUUGCAAAUAUUUAUAGCCAAUGCCAAAUUUCAAUUGUUAAUCUUGUGAUUGUAAAGUCUAAGAUCAAGGGAUAUCACAAGCAAGAUUACCCAUGCUCUGACCAUUCCAGUUAUUACCCUGUAUAGUUGUUUCAAUCGUUGCCUAAUAUUCUGAUUGACCUAAACAGAUUUCAGGCUGCUAGACACCAAUUGGUCUGCUGGAACAAUCACGUCCAACAAGAACCAUAUGGAUCUGACAAUCCCUAAUGUUGGCCUCUCUGAUCACAGGCCAUCUAACAUUUCAAGCAGCUUUGGUAUACUUUGAUACUCUGGUAUACUUGAUAUACUUCAAGCAGCUUUGGUAUACUUACAUAGUGGUGUUGAGAGGAAUGUAAUAUACUUUAACUAAAGAUGCUCUUUAGCCAUGGUGUGAUAAUCUAAUACCCUAUUCAGCCCCACUGUCUUCAUUGUUCCUUUGUAUUAUAGGUGGCUAAGACAUAACUCAGCCACCUCAUUUGAGGAAAAUCCCUGAAAAUGGGACCUCGUUGAUUGCCGUUUCCUCUGUCCUCCACAUCCACUUGCUUACAGCUUGUAGAAAUAUUGCUUACUGCACAAAGUGUUACUGUCAACUAUUCCUAGAGAGGCAAGUCUGUCCUGAAUGCAUUCAAGUGAAGGUGCCAAACAGCAAGUGGGUGGUUGUGUCUACCAGACAGGAUGCCAGACCUCCAAGCUUGGCUGAUGGCAAACACAGGGUGGAUGUUUCUCCCCAGGGCCCCUCUGGCUGACAUAUUCCCAGC